GGAAGACAAAAAUCAAACAUUGCGCUCGAAAACGCAACUUAUAAAUAUCCUGCGAAAUGCCGCGUUUAAAAAUGAAUUAUCAGCCGAUAUGCGCUGCUCGCGUGCCAAAAUGCUACUGGCGCAAAUGAACGCCAAUGGGAGGAGGGACUGCCACAGCAAUUUUGAAAAUAUCGUUCCCGAGCCCAAAACUAACGAUCCCACCAAGCCAGCUGACCAGGUAGGCCAACACCCAACACUGCUGAGCAGCCGCGGCAAACAGAUGCACAUAUGUGCCAGAUAUUUUCCCAAACAACCGGGUCCGCCGCCCAGCGACGAAGCCUUCUCCAUGUGCACGGGCAAACGCAGGGCUUUGGACGCCAUAGUGGCGAAUGCCAAUAGCCAAGUCAGUUCACGCCCAGCGGAGCUGCAAGCGAAGCAGAAGCAGCUAAUCCCCGACAGCAAAACCGACUACCUGCUGGAGUGGCUGGAGAAUACCACGAAUCGCCACGAAGCUGCGGCAGCGAAGGCUGCACCGGAAGGUCCAGCUAGCCACAGCGAUGAUGGUCUUCAGGUCAGGAAGAACGUUGGGCGCAGCGAGAACUUGCGCUCUGCGUUUCCCGAAAGCUGUGUGACGGAUGAUAUCCUAAUGCUGGACAGACCCAAGAAUGCCGUGCGCCUGGACUGUGCGCUGCCGCCAAUGAAUGUGCAGGAGUGCUGCCGGCAGGGCGAAUUCGUCAGGAUCGCCGUGUGCAAGGUGUACAGUCCCUUUCAGUUCUGGUUCCACUUUCUGCACCCCACGGACGACGACGAUCCGCUGGCCGAGCUGACCAACGAAAUGAACUCGUUUUACAAUCGUUCGUACAAUCCGGCGUACAGGACAGCGAUGCCCAGCUGCUUCCACAAAGCCGGCUACAUAUGCGCGGCCCAACAUGGAACUGACUGGCGACGGGCCAGAGUGCUGCACACCGCGCCCACAGACGCCACCUGGGUGUACGUCUACCACGUGGACUAUGCCACGUCCUUCGAAUUGUCGCCGUGUAAAUUGCGUUUUCUGCCGGAUCGCUUUGCGAACACCCCAAUACUGGCUGCCCGCGGCACACUGUCGCACAUACAGCCGUUGGGCAUCCACUGGCCACCGGAUAGCGUCAGUCACUUCAAGCGUUUGGUGUACGACGCAACGCUGCAUGCACAGGUGAUCGAAGUGGACGCCGCGGCGGGCAUUUUCUUCAUGCGACUGUCGCAGAGCAAGGAGUUUGCGCCGUCGAUCAACAAGCUGCUGGUCGAGGCCGGCUUGGCGGGGAUUAGCGAGAACUACAGACGCGCGGUCAUCGCAUACAACUGCGGCCGAAGGCUACGCUACCUACGCGAGCGACUGCCCAGCUUCGAGAUACUCGAGUCGCGCACUAUGCCGCUGAAUGACGAGGAGUUCGAGCAGUAUUUCGAUGCCAUCAUCUAUUGCCCGUCGUUCCACAGCGAUUUCCAGCUGCCGCAGCUGCAGAAUCCUCUUCGCAGCGGCCUCCUCGAAGCGCUGGCCGCCUGGAUGCCCGCCUAUCGCCGCGAACAGGAGCACUGGCGUCGCAUGUACAAGCAGGCGGACAUGCAGCUGCUGGAGGCUCGUCGGCAGACCAAAGAGAAGGCGGCCAGCGAGACGCACGGGAAGGAAGUGCUGGCCGAGCCUGGUGGGCAGGUGGUGCGAGAAGCUGCAGCGAAGCAGGAAGAUGCAGGAUCUCAACAGCAGCAGCAGAAGGGGAAGCCCUGAUCCACGGCAGCAACUGCAUCAUUUUGAGGCGCCACCAUAAUUGUACCCACUGUAUUUUACGCACAACUUGACCACCAGUUCUUUGAACUUUGCUACCAAACCAAAAAGCUUUCGCAUUUUUUUUC